AUCAUUUGUCAGUGACGUUGUUUUUGUUUUUGUAUGAAUAAUUUUUUUAUUAAUAUCGCAUUGAUUUCAUAUUAGUACACUGUACUCCAAAUCAAGUAUUGAAACCCAUCGACAUUUUAUUUUAUCUUACUAGAGAGGUCAUAGACAAGACCAGCACUCUGAUACCACUUCUUGAACUAGUUUUAUCUGAGGUUUCAUGUGAUUCAUUUUAGGCCAGUAAAUAGUGAAAUGGGAACGUCGCCACAAUUUUUGAAAAAGUUGUACAUUACAUGACUCCAAUGUACUUUGAAUACCUACUAUACAUUUAUUCAUGUUGAUAAAAAGGAAUACAUUUCAACAAACGGAACAAACCAGCACAACUAUAGAUAUACUUGUGGAUUUGGUAGAGUUUCCCACAAUUUACAAAACCAUGUGACUCUAUCGUAAUGUGGAUUAUCGUUCUUCCUUGGUGUAUCAGUGUUGUACUUGUAAUGUCUUUAGUAUUCUGCAUCUGCUGGAGAAAGAAAACGCCAAAAGAUGAAUGGCAAGGGCUUGAUGGCAUGGUCACACAAAAAAAUCCUGAUGAAAAUGUCAAUCAUCUUCAUUCUGCUGCACCGUGUGUUGUUGAUGUUUUAGAUGCUAGCGGUGAUUCGUUAGAUACUAAUGGAAGGACUGCAGUAACAAAUACUAGAAGAAGUCUACCUGAUAUACCUUCAGAACAGGGAACUGCCGUAAAUUGGUACCCCACUGGUGACAACUCUUCUGAGCAUUAUGCAACUGUUGGCCAGUAUCAAAACUCAGCUAAGAGGCAUACAUUAUCCAAUGGAGUUGAACAGAGACCAAGCAUAUCUCAGCAUAGCUCUCUCAGUCAGGCAGAUGAAACAUUCUCUCCGUACGAACGGGUUAAAUAUGACAAAAUCAAAUCGAAAGAGCAUCCUUACGCACAACUUCAGCCUACCACGUCAAGGUGUGCUGUUACGGAAGAAAUUGGAUCGAUAUCAGAAGAACGAAUUACUUUGUUGAGACCUGAUGUGGUGAGUUCAUCUAAUGAAUUAACGGAUCCUUUGAGAUCACGAAGAUCAUCGUCACACAGUAAUGAGGGCUUGGAUAUUCCUGCUGCGUCUGCCGUUGCAGGAGUUCUUGCAGCUAGUCCUGACUUACCGUACAUGACUCCUCCGGUAAUGCAAGUCAAUUUCAGUGGAGAUUCUCAGGAUUCCUCAAAAGGAUACACCAGUAUUAGCGUAAGAGAACCCCUAGCGAAUAUAAUAGCACAAACGAAAGAACUGACCAAAAACAAACGAGAAUUAGACCCCCACUAUUCUACAGUAUCUGAUGAUUCAGAUGACGUUUAUACAACUAUUCCCGACGCAAAUAACCCAAUUUACACCAGCGAAAGCGAAACCUACGCUAGAAUACCACCCUUACCGAUAACAGUGGAGGUGGAGGUGAAUGCUCCACCUUCCUCACAUUCGCAGAUCGACGAAUUAGAUGAGACGGCGGAUGAGAUUUACGAACCACCUCCUGAACGGCAUCAUCCUCCUAGCAUCGACAGCUUGAAACAUGUGCCUUCGCACGGGACCCCGUCUCAAACGUUCUCUCAUUCACGACAAGCGUCUUCAUCCAGCUCUGUAGCGAAUUUAGGAUCGCCGAAGCCUGAAAAACGUAAAGUCAAUUCUCCGUUGCCGCCUCCUCCGACUUUGACUAAUUUCGAUUUCCAUUCUGACAAGUUACUCGCUAUGAGAAAUAUUGACGACCUGUAUGCGAAAGUACAUAAAAACAAAAAGGAAGAGCCGAACGGUGACAUGUCAGAAAAAAGUGACUGUUCUUCUGAUAUAGUGAACCACAUCGCCACUCCGGAAAUGUCAAUAACACCCGAUAUGAAAAAUAGAGAGCACGACUAUGAAACUUUGAAGAAAUCUUUUGGGAAAACGAGCGAUCCUGAUUACGAAAAAAUUAGGGGAACUGACGAACCAGGAUACGCAAGUAUCAACGGUCCCGAGAGCAUCCAAAGUUCUGACCCCGGUUACGAGGUACUCAAAGACCAAGCAUUCUCUGACUGCGAUCCAAAUUACGAAGAACUGCGACACCGCGUAUCUAACGCGAGCGAUUGCUCCGACUACACGAAAAUAAAAGAUUUGAACGAUGGCUACUCGGUAGUGAAUAAAAGAAACAAGAAAUUGACCAGUGUUCCUGCUUUCAAUAGCGAAGACGGUCUGGAUGAGCCGAACUAUGAAAGCAUGCCGAGUGAAAUCGUUUCCGAUCCGAACUAUGCAGGUGCGAAGUCGAAUGGCAGCGAGUCUGAUCCGAAUUACGAGUCGGUGAGCCAGAGCGACCCAAAUUAUGAGAGCGUUACGGAUUUGGAAGACCCCCCUUAUGAGAGGUUGGACGAGGAUACCAGUAAAAGCAAUGCUGAUUCUUCCGGAUACGAGAAAAUUGAGAAAAAAGUUCAUGAUCGAAACGACACAUCUGACAGUUCAAACAGUGCCGACAAAUCAUCCCUUGACAAAACCGACCCCCCUUACGAGCACCUCACAAAUGAUUCAGAUUCGAAGGAGCCUGGUUAUGAGGAAAUCAAAAAUAAGCCGGUCAUCACUACCAACUUCUCUGGUAGUUCCGGGAAUUCAGUGGAAAAUACAUCGGACAUUCUCGAUGAAGACGGCAUUGUCCAAGUUUGAUCAGUAUUUGUACUGAUUACUCUGGUGCUAAGUUUAUGAUGAAGUAAGAAGAGUUUUCAUUUUAAAAAUUGACUGCUGAAUCGACCGAGAAGUCACGGCCUAAUUUGUCAGGGUAUGCAAGACAUUUGAACGAUAAUGAGAAUCUUGGAAAUGAACCAAAUUGGUUUUUUGCAUCUUAUAGGGGCGGGGCAGUAAGUUUUAAAAUGAGAGGUCCGCCUACUAGUUUAAUUAAUUAAACAAAUUGUGAUUAUGCAGAAUUAAGCUCAAUAAUAACAUGAAAGAAGCCAGGCUUGCUUGUUAGUUUUUUCACGUAAUGAAUCGGCGCCCAACGUGGGGCCAUUGAAAAUAUUUUGGAGAAAAUCUGAAAUAAUCUUUAACAUCCAUGAAUAUCCAGAUUUCUUUGGAAGUAGUGUUAGAACAGUAAGUUGCUUUGGUACUACUUUCUGCACCACAAAUCAUUGAAAAAGAGCAAUACUCUUACACACAUUCGAGGCACAAUAUUUUUUAUUGUGAUGAUAUUACCUUGUGAUGAUAUUUCCGAAGUUUUAUCAUCAUUCACGUUUCUCAAUAGUCUAUUUUUCAACUUUUUAAGCCUGGCUUCAAGAUAUGUAGCAUUGCAAUGUAAUAUGAGGGGCGAUAGGAGGCGUACUACCACUAACAUUUAAUUUUUAUUGAGUUUUGUGCCAAAUAGUCCAAGAAAUAUCGAAUAUGUGAGUGCAGUUGGUUGCUGAAGAUUAAGAAUUGUGAAACAAAACUGUCAAAUUCAGAAAACGAAAUACUAUGGAGAACCCCAUACUGUUACAAUAACACUGCAAUCUUUAAAGGGACAAUAAGUCGAGAUAAAGGGUGGACUUUGAUAUUCAGAGCCCACAAAAAUGGAUCCUCUAAAAAUUUCAAUGGUUCAAAGAGAACCACUUAUUUCCAGUAUUAUUGUAAUAUAACAUUUGAAAUCAUUAUUGUGAAUGGAAUCCAGAAGUGGAUUUGAGGGCAACUUAACAUGGUUGUACUUAGUAGAAGAUCCCAAAAUUUGGGAAAAUGUUGAGAAUGAAGAUGUAAUGAUUGUUUAAAGGAACUUUCAAUCUUAUGAAUCACUUGUCAACUAUAAAUUCGGUAAUGAAUAAAUAUUAUUACUUCUGUGCAUAAGUUCAUGGAUACUAAUUGAUCAAAAACUAGAUUUUUUUUUUGUUAAAUUGAAACAAAUAUAUAUUAUUGCGUAUUCAACCAGCUGUAUAGUGGAUACAAAAUCCUAAUUUAUGACGAAUUUGUCAGAAAAAUAAGUAUUAAAAUAUAUCUGGGAACUAUA